AUGGAAAACGCAUAUCUUCAUGUAAUAUUUAUUGGUCGGAAGAAAAGCGAGAGCGAAACUUGUAAUGCAUUUAUUUAUAAUCUAGAAAUUGAAAGCGGAAUGUUGGAAGAAAGCAUCUCGACAAUAACAUUUCAAAGGAUAAAUAAUGUAUUAAAUAAAAUUCAGACCGAUGUCUUGAUUCAUAUAAAAGAUGUAGAAAAUAAUAUUAUGCACAAUAUUAACACUGCAAUAGCUGUAAUAUCACAGACAAAAGGUUUUGCUAGAAUUGCGGUGCCUUUGGAAGACUCGAAACAUUUGAAUUGGAUAACGGAUCUGUCAAUUGAAACACUUAAACAAUGGAACACACCGAAAAUCCGAAUACAAGUGAUUACACAAGAUCGACCCAAUUCACUGUCUCGCCUUGUACGAUCUCUAAAUUCGGCAUUUUAUCUUGGGGAUGAUGUACCUAUGACAAUGAAUAUUGAUCGAAGUGCAGACCCAGUCACGUUAAAAUAUUGUAAAACGUUUAAAUGGAAAUAUGGGAAAAAGGAAAUUAGACAUCGCGUAGUUCAAGGAGGAUUAUUGCCAGCCAUAAUAGAGUCGUACUAUCCUGUUGAUGAGGACGAUUAUGGUAUAAUUUUAGAAGAUGAUAUUGAGGUUUCUCCAUUUUUUUAUAUAUGGACAAAAUACAGCAUCUUGAAAUAUAGAUACGGACCUAAACGAGUUUUAAGUGGUAGAAUGUUUGGAGUCAGUUUUUAUAACACUAAAAUCAAUGAAUUAGAUAUGAAUGGACGUCGGCCAUUUGACCCUAGGCUUGCACUAAAAGGAACAGAUUAUCCUAGUCAAACGCCAUAUCUUAGUCAAGUACCGUGCAGUUGGGGUGCAGUAUUUUUUCCAGAAAUAUGGCGCGAAUUUCAUUAUUACCUGACCGCACGAUUAAUAGAUAAUGAAGGACCUAAAUUGCAGAAUAUCACAGUUCCAAAUUGCCGAGCAAAUAAAUGGAGGAAAUCAUGGAAACGUUUCUUCAUAGAACUUGUAUAUCUCCGAGGAUAUGUGAUGCUCUAUCCGAACUACGAUAAUUUUACCAGUCUUUCUACUAAUCAUGCAGAACGAGGUACUCACAUUCAUAACCCGAAUAGUCCAAUUGUUUUCGGACUGCCAUUAAUGAGUGAGAAUAAUGUGAUAACGGGGCUCCCAGAAAGUCGAUUACCGGAAUUUGAGAAUUUACCAAUAAUGGAUCUUUUAGGAAAUGUUGUAUCAAGCGAAGAAAUAAUUCAACGUGGGCGCUCAUUUCAUUCUAAAGUUUCAGAAUGUCCACCGAAUGACUCUAACGAAAUAAAAUAUGAUCCUGAAGACUUAUUAUGUGUGAAUGAAGAGAUGAAACAAAAUGCCACUAAGAGUGAAUCAACGCAGAAUGUUAAUGUUUGA